AGUAGCCAGUCAGUCUGUGCUCUGCCCUGGCCAGCGGCAGACGGAACCGUGCCGCCGCGAUCCGUUACCCAUACGUUUCGAUCAAAAGAACCCAUAAAACCGAAGAUCGCGCUCUUUUAUUUCAAAUUUUUGUUCACUUCACGGGCAGUUUAGCCAUUUAUUUCGACUGUUAUCGCUGGUAGAGUAAGGAAAUUUUAUUUUAGACGUGCCGGGCAGCUCGUAAAACUCAACACACAUCAUUCAUAAGCAUUCAGCUUGGGGCCAGGCCAGAGAUCUCCGUUGCAUUGCUGCAGCUUUAAUGGAACGUGCGUUGUUCCAUGUGCGUGUGGAUUGCCCCUUGCCAACGUCCAGAGAGCCCUAGGAGGGGAGCGUGAUCCGGAACCGGAACCUGCGCCAGAAUGAAGCGCGACGUGUCCACAUCGACCAUCGGUCGGGAUGAGGCUCGCCGUCCGCUGAUGGAGGCCUACAUGUUCCAGCGGCGAGUGCUGCUCGGCUGCAGCCUGCUCAUGGUGGUGUCCCUGCUGAUCUGGAUAGUGGCCAUCUCCACCGAUCACUGGAUCAUCAUAUCAGGCGGAAAGGGCAUUUUCAUCCCGGAGUCGCGGCGCUUCUUCAUGUCCUCGCACUCGGGAUUGUGGCGCCACUGCCGGAACACCAUAGUGCCGAAUGCCAUUGGCAAUGCCCCGGUGGUGCGCAACUUCAGCUCCAUGUCGUACACCUCGCAGACGAACAUCAACGAGGCGAAGCGCAAUCUCUCGCACAUGGACUUCAUCAAGCAGUUCGCCCAGGAGGAGCUGUUGCCGGCGGACAACUUCACGGAAUCGGCGCGUCGCCACAUGUUUGCCCACUGGGUGCGAGGGGAGGACGAGGAGUUCCAGACGCUCCGCAAUGCCUUUCGCGCCCUGGUGAUGAACACCGAGGAGAAUCAACGGCAGUUCAAUGCCACAGCAAUAAAGCCCAUACCCAUCAAUCCACUGGAUGUUCAAGGGAUUAUAGACAGGAAAACAUUUGGAUCGGCACUGCAGCGGGUUAAGUACAACAACACCUGGUCGUACUAUGUGAUCCCCGAGGUGGCCCAACUGGCCAUCUUUAGCAACUGGACGGAUUUCCCACUGGUGGUCCGACUGCUGGGCACCUACAUUCGGGAUAUCAACAUCCCUGCCUAUGUUCUGAACGACGAGCGGGUGAUCCUGAUCCUGGUGCCUCCAUUGCCGCCCAAAAGGGGCCAGCCCGCCUACUACACCUAUAUACCGAACCAGCGCUGCAAGUACAUCGACAUGUUCCCCAACUCCAAUGCCCUGCGCACUGAGCCCGGCUUCGAUGAUGAACUAUUGGUCGCUUGGUAUUCCCUUUCAGAUUACAUCCGGACGCAGGCGUCCUUUGCCUGCAUAACUCUGUUCGUGAUGAGCCUGGGCGCCGUCUUCUCGUUCUACACGUUCAUGAAUCCCCGCUACAUGUUCAAGCGCCUGGCAGGUGGCAUCCACCUGGUGGCCGCCUCCACGGCUCUGGUGGUGCUCCAGGUGCUCUUCUCCUCGAUUGACUACACCAAGGAGCAUCUCUUCUACGCCUAUCCUGAUGGGGCGGAACUAACCUAUGGCUACGGCGUCUACUUGGCCUGGUUCACCUUCGUGGACAACAUUCUGUGCGGUGUUAUGUUCCUCUGGUACUCGGGCAAGAAGAAGGGCGCCAAGGCGCCCAACGACGAGGUGGCCAUGGCCGAUGAGCCCACCAUCAUGGGCAGAUAACUGAAGUUGCCACGAUGACCGGGUAUAUUUUCUGGGGGAUUCCCAAUCCCUCCUGCGACCAAAGACCAAAGCAACCGGCAAUCUCGCCGUCGUUGCUUUUCAUUUCACUUUUGUUAUUUGUUGUUUUCUAAUGGCUGUACUUAAAAUGUUCGCUUUAUAACUACAUUUAAGAAUCUCAAGGCAAUAAACGAAUUUUUUUCAGUCACUAA